AACACGGCCACCCUGUGAUCCCAGUGUCCGUGAACCCACUAAUCCCGUGCCAAACACGGUAGUCGGUUCGUGCUUUGUGUCGCGAUGGCGUGUCGCGGAAACAGAAAACUUAGCGACACCAGCGAGGACGAAGACAUCGCUUCUGCGAUGGUGAAAGAUCGCCGAUUCGGCUUACAGCCGUACAUUUACGACCCAUCUGCGUCGUCUUCAUCUGAAGGCGACGGGGACGGGCCGGACACGCCACCACCAGCCCGUCGUGUGGGCUCCGCGAAUUGGUGCUCUUGCAACGGCUGCAGAGCGAUGCUGACGGACUACGAGUCCCUGUGCUGCCGAGAGGUUGACCGUGCAAGAGAGCUCUGCCAGGACCAGGGGGUGUCCUGUAUCACCAAGCACCCCUGGUUCGAGCUCUACUGCCUGAACAGGCCAGUGCUGGACCUGGCGUAUGUCACAAUGCAAUACUUCUGCCCUUUGGAUGCGGGGAACCGGACCCAAGAGGAGAAGUACCGCUACACGGCAUACCACCAGUUCACCUGGUGGGUGCACAAGAGGCUGGGGCGGGGAAACCGAGUGGUGCUGCCCAGCUGCGUCGUCUGUCAGAUUCGGCAAGAAUUCCCGUCCACAGAUGGGACAUACAGGGGGUUCAAAAAAUAAAAAAAGUAUUGGCCACCUGAAGGACUCGUUUACGGCAUGUUUUGUCCAGCCCUUCAAAGACACCUUCAUCAAUAAAA